AUGACAUCUGAAAAGAACGAUCCAUUCUCGAUAUUGAUUGAUGAUGAGACUGACGAGUUUCUUCCCAAAGUCGAGACCAUCUUGAGGGAGAUUUUUGACCGUUUUGACAAGGAUAAAGAUGGUGUGUGGAAUAAUAAAGAACUACAAGAUUUCGCAGAAGCAACGAAUGGUCGAUCAGAAAUCGUUGAUUCAUUCGACGUGGAUGAUAAAGACCAAUUGACGUAUAAAGGGUUUUAUCAAAUGUACCAUAUUCAAACACUAUCUGAUCCCGAAGAAACACUGAACGACUUCCAAAAACAUGGCUAUGACAGCAAUCUGGAACUAGUGACUUCUCGAACGCGGGAUGAGAAUCCUAAAUCGCCGGUUGCAGCCGAGGAAGACAAUCAGGCAUGA